UGUGAGUCUUGCCCACGUAGCUGUGCGCGAGCUGUUGUACGUGCGUUAAAAAAGGAAGAUAAAGCAGUAAUCUGACCCGCGGCCGCUCCGAACCGUAGCUACAAGCGGACAAAAAAUGGCGAGAUACACGAGGCCUCCAAAUUCGUCUCUUUUCGUACGAAAUAUCUCCGACGAGUCCAGGCCAGAGGAUUUACGACGUGAGUUUGGUCGUUAUGGGCCUAUUGUAGAUGUCUACAUUCCACUUGACUUCUAUUCACGGCGGCCAAGAGGAUUUGCUUACAUUCAGUUUGAGGAUGUCCGAGAUGCAGAAGACGCUCUGCACAACCUGGACCGGAAAUGCGUUUGUGGACGCGAGAUCGAGAUCCAGUUUGCCCAGGGAGAUCGCAAAACCCCGAACCAGAUGAAAGCCAAGGAGCGCCAUUCCCCUCGUAGCUUCUCCCGCUAUGACGAUGAAAGGGACAACCGCCGGAGACGCUCCAGGAGCCGCAGUUAUGAUCGCCGCAGGUCCCGGAGUCCGUCUUUUGAGCGUCGUCCUCGAAGGUCCGAGAGUCCCAGAGACUCUCGGGCCUACGGUCGACACAGAUACCCCAGAGGCCACGAAAAUGAGAACAGGUACAGAGGUCCUCCCCGGGACCACCACAGGCCUCACCACGAACCGGCCUCUCGCAGCCGCUCUGCCUCGCGCUCCCCCUCACCCCCCAGGCCCACCAGACCCAAAGGCAAAAAGAGCCCGUCCAGGUCCCACAGCCCGGUCGAGGACUUCCAGCCCACCUCCAGCUCCCAGAAUCAGUUUGUGGGGCGAUCUCCGUCGCGCUCCAUGUCUCGCUCCAUGUCCCGAUCGCGGUCUCGCUCCAGAUCCUGGGCCGGACGCAAGUCUGGGGGCCACUAACUGGCUAGUUGUUCCUCCAGAAACCCCCAGCGUGCGUGUGUGUGUGUGUGUAUCUGAGGAUGUUUCUGUUCAGUCGAAAUAUAGUCUCUUUUACACAAAGGUUUGUUUCAUGGUUGUUACAGUAGAUGGGGCUGUGCUGCCGUUCAGACUGUUUUAGUGGAGCCAUAGAUGCAAGAAUGAUGGAAAAAAGUAACCUGGCACCUGUUGUGUCUCAUGAAACGAGUGGUUUGUAAAAGUCACAUGAUCUAGCAUAGGUUUGUCUAAAUAGCUAAAAAAAAGAAUCUUUGUGUAAAAGGGUCUAAUCACUCAAACUUUAGGGCCCUCUGCUUGUAUUUGUUCAUGUCAUUGUUUAGGAAUCUAUUGCCAAAAGAGCAGCAGGGGCGAUGUUUUCUUUUUGUGUUUCACUUUUCUUUUAAGUGGAAAGACGCCGAAGUGAAUCAUGGAAGCACAGUUUUGUUGUAUAUUUGUAUGUGUGCUGUGUGGGGUACAAAAAAAAAUGGAGAUAUGACUAGUUUUGGUAUUGCCAAUUAUACUUUUGUACUUUGCGUCAGCAAUACUUACAUACAUGGUUUGUGAACGUGUGGUCUGACUCAUUUUAGUUGUGUUUAUGUAAACAGAAAUCCAAAUUACACUCAAGUCAGGACUGAUUUGUCAGUAUUUACCAAGUGAUCCGGCUUUAUGUGCCUGGUUUCAUGGGCAGUUUUAUUUCCUGCAGGCAAACAGUAUCCUAUAAUACCUGUCAGUUGUACCUAAUACCAUAUAAAGUAUUUUAUGUUCACAAUGAGGUACAAAUAUUUUUUUCUGCAUCUGUCAAGUGAAUGGAACAAAGUAUCCCUUAGAGACCCUGUCCUGCAGGUUUAACCCGGUGUUGUCAAUAAAAAACAGUGGAUUCUUA